CUCCAGAUUACAUUUUUGCCCUUCCCCUAAUUAAAUCUGACAUCACCGCCUCGGACAUAUUAGAAAUUAGCAAUCUGGGGACUGAGAGGUGUUCUGUCCUUCUUCAUCAGAGACCUCAGGUCAUGAUCAACAAGUUCUCCAGCGGUUUUCUAGUCUUCCAUUGCCGCCGCCGCUCAUUGGUACCACAACCGUAUCCGCCGCUCGUUGGUACAGUAGCCAUAGCAACCGCCAGUCUUCUCCAUCUCCGCCAGCCUUCUACAAUUUUACCCAUGGAAUCAAGUAAUUUCUCCUUCUCUUCUCUUCUCUUUUCUUCUCCUCUCUUCUCCUCUCUUCUCCUCUCUUCUCCUCUCUUUCGUUUCCUUGUUGGCCGUACUCUGUUUUUAUCUCUUGGGAUUCAAUUAGAUCUGAUAAAUUGGAUGGCAAUUAGAUAAGGUUGGAGGGGAUGGGAAUUGAACAAGGUUAGAGUGUUCGAACUUUUUUUAUUGGAUUUUUAAUUUAUUUUUUUGAAAUAAUUAUAUAAAUAUGACCAAAAUAAAGAUGAUUUACAAAAAAAUGAUUAUUUACUAGAGUAGUAAUGAAAUCAUAGUAAUUCAUGUUCAAGUUUUGAGUUUAAGUUACUACAUCACCACAUUGUUGAAAUGAAUAGUCAUAUUUAUGUAAAUAUGUUUUUAUUUUAGUAAUAUUCUUGUAAAAAAC